AUCCUCAUCGCCCAAUCAGCGUGCUCGGCGACUCAUGACGUAAACCGCUGCGAAAAGUCCGCGUUCACCUGAAGCCUCGCGCACCAUCACUGGAUCCAGUCACACGCGCACUGCGCGAGCUACACUAACAGCAUUAACGGUUUGUAUACAUAACUGCAUGCGGAGGGAAAGUGGAGCGUUACACCGGUAUCGCGGUACAAUCAGAGAUCUUCUCUCCUGUUUGUUUGUUUGUUUGUUUGUUUGUUAGUAGUAUUUAUUUAUUUUUUUUAAACGUACGUGAAACGAGGAGACUUUGACUCAGCGCCGAGGGAAACUUUUUGUUUUGUCUUUGGCAGCCCGAUGCUGCGCGAAACUGACACAGAGGCGCGCGCGUGUGUCGCUUAACAGAAUUUGUGAAGAUGUGAUUUCGGAUUCAUAUAUAUAUAUAUAUUUUCUUUCUGUCAACGACAGUGAGGCUACCUUUUAACAGACAAGCAAAAUGAGAAUUACCCUUCCCAGUGCCGCAUGCAUUCUUCUCAUUCUCCAGACGUUAUGGUGGGGCAUAUUUGGCCAGUGCGAGGAACCGAGCGAAAUCUCCAAACUUAAUCUUUCCGUGACGUACGACCUCCCUCGCUUUGUCUCAAACACACCUGUCCAGAAUCUUCUAGUUUUCAACGGAAGCGUAUACGUCGGCGCUACCAACAUUCUUUACGCGUUAUCUGCCGACCUCAAGAAAGUCGGCGAUUAUAAGACCGGACCUGUGCACGAUGGCCCACAAUGCAGUUCUUGUGAAUGCUGCACCGGCCAACGUCCCAACGCUAACAACACCAGCAUGGCCCUGAUAAUGGAGACCUACUACGACCCCGAGCUGUUCGUCUGCGGCACGGUCGGGAACGGCGUCUGCAGCCGGUACCUGCUGGAAGACGGUCAGGAAGACGUCGAAGUGGACUGCAUGGGUUCCCAUAACAAAGACGGCAGCUGCUAUGUCGCAGGUCCAGCCGGAACCCGGAUCGUGAACGUGGAAGUCGGUAGAGUCGUGAGGUUCUUCGUUGCAAAUUCGGAGCCGCUAGAUCCGUCUCCAGCUCCACGUCUUCACCACACCAUCUCCGUACGAAAGAUGUGGGACACCCAGGACCGCUUCGAGUAUGUUUCCGAGCAGUCCUACAUGGACCUAAAGCCAGCGUUGCGCGGGAAUUAUCCUCUGCACUAUGUCUAUUCCUUCCAUAGUGGCUCGUAUGUUUAUUUCCUCACCGUGCAGCGAGAAAGCAGCACCUCCAGGGCUUUCCACACGCGAAUUGUCCGUAUCUGCUCCUCCGACCUGGAGCUUCAACACUACGUGGAAAUGCCCUUCGAGUGCAUUUACUCGGAGAAAGGGAGACGGAAACGUUCGACCCAGACGGUGUUCAACGUCCUCCAGGCCGCUCACGUAGCCAAAACCGGAAGCAACCUACGCAGGGAGAUGGGCUUUAAAGAAGGAGAAGACGUGCUCUUCGCUGCGUUCGCCAAGAGCAAGCCGAACUCCCCCGAGCCCACAGCCAGCUCCACAGUGUGCGUCAUCUCUAUCGCCGAGAUCAACAACUUCUUCAAGGACUUCAUGAGGCAGGCCUACACCAAGCCGCUCUACCACUUAACUGGAGCCAAAAUGAAGUCCUACAACCAGAGCUCAUUUGAUGAUUCGUUUGGCUGUGGGAAGCAUGACAAAGGCUACAGGUUGGAGGUUAAAGGAACCAAUCCACGUAAAGACUGGUUUAACGGCCGCUUCAGGGACGUUCUCCUCACCUCCAUCGCCGUGGUACCCGUGCAGGAACACACAGUGGCUACCCUUGGGACUGCAGAUGGGAGAGUCAUCCAGGUGGUGGUUUCCCGUUUUGGCAACACAGAGCCGCAUGUGAACUUCCUCUUGGACACGCGCCCCGUCUCCUCAGAAGUCGCCGUGUUGUCUCCACAGAGCCCGGACGCCUCCCUACUGCUGGUCACAGGAAAUAAGGUAUCGAAGGUGCCUGUGAUCGGUCCCGGGUGUGAGCAGUUAUUAAACUGCAGCUCGUGUCUGCUCGCUCCUGCCUUCAUGAGUUGCGGAUGGUGCCGGAACAGGAACCUCUGCACUCGCUCGCCUCAGUGCACCGGCUCGAGCUGGAGCCAAGAUUCCUGCCCGCUCCUCAUCUCUGAGAUCUUUCCUAAAACAGCUCCACUGAAAGGCCACACCAACAUCAUGAUCUGUGGCAAAAACUUUGGCUUCAGUAAGAAAGAUCGCUUUGACGCCAAGCUCAUCGAGGUCGACGUGGCCGGAGCGAGGUGCAGGCUGACGGACAAGGACAUCAGCAGUCACCGGUUGAUUUGUAGCCUGGAUCAUGUGAACGAGUCCAAUUCCGAUCGCUCGGUCCGAGUACGCAGCGGAAAGGAAGAAGGACAGCUCGAAGGCUUCUCGUUCGUGAACCCAGUUAUUAAAGGAAUCGUUCCCGAAUUUGGUCCCAAAUCUGGCGGAACCAUGCUGACCAUUAAGGGUUCGUACCUGAACAGUGGAAGCUGGCGAAAGGUUACGAUCGGAAGUGGCACCUGUGUGGUUCAGAGUUUAUUAGCCAACAUGUUAACAUGUCAGACUCCAUCUCAAGACUCACCUUCCCAGCACAAGGUGCAGCUGCAUAUCGACGGAGUGACAUUUCAAGCUCCGUCCAACUACACCUACAACGAGGAUCCGCUCAUCCACAAUGUACAGCCCACACGCUCCUUUAUCAGUGGAGGCAGCACAGUGAUAGCGUCUGGCGUCUACCUCCACUCAGCCAUGCAUCCUCAGAUGGUCCUCAGCGGUCCUCCGUUCACCAAGGACAAAGAGGUUUAUGUGACCUGCACGCAGGGUGAAGACAAACUGGCCAUCGUGUGCAUCACUCCCUCGCUGAAAGGCCUCAACGUCCGUCCUCCCGUCGCCACCAAGAUGAAGUUCGUGCUCGACGGCUUCUCGACGCGACAGUACGACUUGACCUAUGUGGAGGACCCGAAUUUCGAGGAGUUUCAGAAGCCCACUCUCACUCCCAGAGGCAGCAAGAGUGUGCUGGAGAUUAAGGUUCCUCGUGUGGAUGUGGAAGCGGUGAAGGGAGAGGUGUUGCGAGUGUCGAAUCGCUCCUGUGAGAGCGUAACUCUGGUGGGAAACACACUGGAGUGCACGGUGCCCUCCGAACUCCAGACCUCCACCAGAGAGCUCGAGGUGGAGUGGAUGCAGGCCUCGUCCUCGGUCAGCCUGGGCCGCGUGGUUUUGGCGCAGGAGCAGGACUACAAGCCGCUGAUCGCCGGCGUGGUGUGCGUGUCCAUCCUGCUGCUCUUAAUGCUCGCGCUCUUCGCCUGGAUCAAGAAGAAGAAGCACAUCGACGAUUUAGCUGAGGGGAUGGUUUGGUAUGACGGCCGGGCUCACAUUCCACACUUGGACAUGCUGGCAAACGCGAGGAGUGUCAGUCCCACUAACGAAUUGGUGUCUCACGAGUCUCUGGACUAUAGAACCACUUUGCUUGAGGACCAGAGCUUGCCGAUGUCUCCGAACGAGUCGUGUCGUCCUCCCCCGUACGUCCACGCACACGUGGACCUGUCCUCCAUGCUGGGGGCGGAAGGAGACCUGUCUUCUCCCCUCCUGCCCGGUUCCGCACCUGUGGACCUGAGUAACCUCCACCCUGAGCUCCUGAAAGAGGUGCAGCACGUCGUCAUCGCCAGGGAAGACCUGCUCUUACACGUUAAUGAGAUUAUCGGAAGAGGACACUUCGGCUGUGUUUUCCACGGGACUCUUCUAGAGCCAGACGGCCAGAAACAGCACUGCGCAGUCAAGUCUCUAAACCGUAUCACAGAUAUCGAAGAGGUGUCACAGUUCCUGAAGGAAGGAAUCAUCAUGAAGGACUUCAGCCAUCCAAAUGUGCUGUCUCUGCUGGGAAUCUGCCUUCCCAGUGAAGGCUCUCCUCUGGUGGUGCUGCCUUACAUGAAGCACGGAGAUCUGCGCAACUUCAUCCGAGACGAGAGUCACAACCCCACGGUGAAGGAUCUCAUGGGCUUCGGCUUGCAGGUUGCUAAAGGCAUGGAGUAUCUCGCCAGCAAGAAGUUUGUACACCGAGAUCUCGCAGCCAGGAACUGCAUGCUGGAUGAGAGUUACACAGUGAAGGUGGCUGACUUUGGCCUGGCCAGAGACGUGUACGAUAAGGAAUACUACAGCGUGCACAACAAGAGCGGAGUCAAGCUGCCUGUGAAAUGGAUGGCUUUAGAAAGCCUGCAGACUCACAAGUUCACCACCAAGUCUGAUGUCUGGUCAUUUGGGGUGCUGCUAUGGGAACUGAUGACCCGAGGAGCCCCGCCCUACUCCGACGUCAACUCCUUUGACAUCACGGUUUUCCUCCUGCAAGGACGAAGACUGCUGCAGCCGGAGUUCUGCCCUGAUGCCCUCUACAACGUGAUGAUUGAGUGCUGGCACCCCAAACCCGAGCGGCGCCCCACCUUCUCCGAGCUCGUCUCGCGCAUCUCAGCCAUCUUCUCCAGCUUCAGCGGAGAGCACUACAUCCUCCUGAACACCACCUACGUCAACAUCGACAAGAUGACGCCCUACCCUUCUCUCAUCUCGUCCCAGAGCCAGCUGGAUCGGGACUGCUGCACCUGAGAGCGGAGAUGAAAUACACACACACACACACACACACACACACAGGAGGAGGAGGAGGAGGAAGGGAGGUAGAAAAGCUUUCCAGGACCUCUAUAAAGGGAGGAAUCUGAUUGUCUUUAUCACUGUAGAUAGAGUAGAUCUCUCUGCACCAGGAGGAGGUUUCAUCUCUCAGAGCCGCUGAUAUGAACUCGAUUCGAGAGACUGACAGACGCAGAGCAGCUCUCAAGACGUCGUCUCUCACGCAGAAGAGCCGGCAGACGCUAUUCAAAACUGUGAACAGGAGUCCAAGAACAUCUGCACACUACUCGCAGGGUUUUUUUAUCAACUCCACUGGUUCCGAAUGAAACAUUUGAAGUGAAGCAUUGAUGUGAUGUACACUGUGCAUUGCUGAUCCAGGAUCAGUUCUUGUCUAUAUAUACUGUAUAUAUUUAUAUAAAUAUAUAUAUUGCUGAACAGAAUGGAUUCUGGAUGGAUCCAGCGUCCGACUGACCUGAGAACAGCAGGACGGGACUCUCUCAGCAGAACACUGGAUGUGAAAUGACACGUGAUGAAUCUGUAAAUGGAAAAGUAUUGUUGUUUUUAUUUAGGGAUGCAUCAAUAACAUUACUGGUAUCAAGUAUCGUAUGAUUCUGAUAUCAGGUAUGAUACCAAGCAGCAGCGUCUUCCACCAAUACAAGAAACCUGAUAAGAGAUAAAUAAAAUGUUCCAUGACCUCCCUGACUGAUUAACAAUAAGUAGGCUGCUCUUUUUUUUUCUUUUUUUUUAAAUCAAUUUCAAUAUCGGCGAGUCGUAGAAAACGUCGUACUCGUAGUAGCUCUGAAAAAAAUGGUAUCGAUGCAGACCUAGUUGUAUUUCCUUUCUUUCCACCUGUACAAAUAUUCACACACUAUGGAAUAUAUAAGCUUAUACAACUCUCACCAAACACAAUCUCAUUUGUUAAAGAAAUCCUGAUGAUUUUUUUCACAAUUUUUUUUAAAGUCAGCGUGAAAUGUUCUCAGUGACGUAUGAAUGUAAGUUAGAGUUCCACUGAGCGGUGUAAAUAGUGUCCGUUUCUCGUGUCUGACCUGCUGUGUGAUUAUUGUAUGUGUAUGUAUAUAUAUAUCCAUCCAUCCAUUUUCUAUACCGCUUAUCCUACAGGGUCGCGGGGAACCUGGAGUUUAUCCCAGGGAGCAUCAGGCACAAGGUGGGGUACACCCUGGAUGGGGAGUCUAUCCAUCACAGGGCACAAUCACACACACACAUUCAUUUAUAUAUGACUUAAUACAGAUUUCUGUAUUGUAUCAUAAAGGACUUUUAUUGAUUGGUGUAAAAUGUUCUAUACUGUAUAUUGUACCAGGCAUGACUCUCACUCGCUGUGGUCGCCCUGUAUGAAUAAGGUACAGAAAAUAUCUUGUUUUUUCCUCGUGACUUUGUUAAAUAAAGUUCCAUCAUCAGCG